GCAGCGAGCUGUGUGUGUGUACGCGCGCUGCCUGGCAGGGGAGGCUGCCCCGCUUGCCGUGCAGCCCGGGAGAAGACUCUUCCCCCUGCCCUGGAAACGCUCCCCGGAGCCUGGCCCUAGAGAACUCGGCUCCGCGGGCGUGAGAGGGACACGCAGGGCGCCUGCGGGCCGGCCGGAGGAGCGCCGGGUCAACCCUCUGUUUCUUGGUCAGAGUAAGGAUACAUCUAUACUUACCCGCUGAUUUGGUGGCAAGCAAUCGAUCUAUCGCGUCUAGACAAGACGCGAUAAAUCGAUCCCAGAAGUGCUCGCCAUUGACGCUGGUAGUCCUGCUCCGUGAGAGGAAUAGGCGGAGUCGACGGGGGAGCCUGCCUGCUGCGUGUGGACGCGGAAUUUGACAUGCAUGAUGGAGGUGAAAAAGGAUGAAAAACAAGCUGCUGUCCUGGACAAAGGUGAAGAAGAUGGAUGUUUAGUAGAACUUCAUUACAUUGGAACCAUGUUUUAAGUAAUUCUUCUAGACAUCUUUCAUAAAUAUUUUAUAUAUCUACAGAGACUGAUAUGACUGAAAAUUUGGCUCAUCAGCAAUAUAUGCUGGAAGAAGCCUGCAUGGAACAUAACAUUUGUUUUAGUUCAGAUUAUGUGAAAAAAUUAUAGACUUCUACCUAUUAUUUAUUAACCUUGCAUCUCAAUUCAGCCACACCAAACUAGUCUUUAAAGUGAAUAGAAGCAGAGUCUUUGUGGAUAUUUUUAUUGAACAUGACUCAUGGAGAAGAGCUUGGCUCUGAGAUGCACCAGGAUUCUGUUGUUCUAACUUACCUAGAGGGAUUACUAAUGCAUCAAGCAGCGGGAGGCUCAGGUACUGCAGUUAACAAAAAGCCUACUGGGCAUAGUGAAGAGGAUCAAAACUUUAAGAUUUCUGGAAAUAUAUUUCCCAACUGUCAAAGUAAUGGUCCAGUUCUUAACACACAUACAUAUCAGGGAUCUGGCAUGUUGCAUCUCAAAAAAGCAAGACUAUUGCAGUCUUCUGAAGACUGGAAUGCAGCAAAGAGAAGGCGGUUGUCUGAUUCCAUUGUGGAUUUGAAUGGAAAAAAAGAAGCUUUGUUAGCUGGCAUGGUUGAAAAUGUGCCUAAAGGCAAACAGGAUAGCACAUUACUUGCCUCUUUGCUUCAGUCAUUCAGCUCUAGGCUGCAGAGUGUUGCUCUGUCACAACAGAUUAGGCAGAGCCUCAAGGAGCAAGGGUAUUCCCUCAGCCAGGAUUCUUUACAAGUGGAGAAAGAUGUAAGGUGCUAUGGUGUUGCAACUAGUCGUUUGAAGACUCUGCUGAAGAAAAGAAAAGCAAAAGAUCAAAAGCUUGACACCACUCUGCCUGAUGUAACAACGAACCCUCCUAAAGAGAGGUUUAUAGAAUCUCCACAUACAGGGCAGAAUGGGCCCAAGGUGAUGAAUGAGCCUCUCUCAUGUGCUGCAAGAUUACAAGCAGUGGCAAGCAUGGUAGAGAAAAGAUCUAGUCCUACUGCUUCGCCUAAACCCAGCGUAGCCUGUAGUCAGCUAGCUUUACUUCUUUCAAGCGAAGCUCAUUUGCAGCAGUAUUCAAGGGAACAUGCUUUAAAGGCACAAAAUGCAAAUCAGAUAGCAAGCGAGAGACUUGCUGCCAUGGCCAGAUUACAAGAAAGUGCCCAGAAAGACCUUGGCCAUUUCAGUCUGUCAAAAGGAAUGCCAAGCCAUCUUAAUGGUCAAAUGAGAUCAUCAACCAAAACAAUAACUAACAAGAGCAAUAUGGCACCAUUUCAGAGCCCCAUUGGAAUCGUUCGUUCUCCUCCCAAAAAUUUAGGAUACAAAAAUAUAUUGGAAAGAAACCACUUAAAACCAUCUCCCAGCAACAGUUUGCUUUUACAUCUUCUUAAAAGUCAAAAUGCAACUAAACAAACAAAAGGGCAAGAGCAGAAUGAGAGAUCGGGUAUUUUUGAGGACCGUAGCACACCAACUACUGUGGAUGAGUAUUCAGACAACAAUCCUAGUUUUACAGAAGAUGACAGCAGUGAUGAUGAAAGCUCCCAUUCUAACUGUCUUCCUAUAGAUUUAUCUUUCAAACAGAGGAUAGACAAACAAGAUUCUGGACAGCCUGCUUCUCUAGAUAAUCUGACUCAGCCAUUGUUUCAUAAUUGGGAUCCAAAAAUUCCAUGUCUAGAGAACAGUAUGGAGAAUAAAGAAGAUAAAGACACUCCUAAAGGUUCUAAACUGAAUCCACAUCAGAAAGUAACACUGCUUCAGUUAUUACUUGGGCCUAAGAGUGAAGAUAACAAAGAGAAAGAUACAGACCCUCAGGGACCACACAGUACAGCUGAUGUGGCAAAAUUUACUGUACAAACUGGUAAAAGGACUCCUGUGACGGAAAGUCCCAGUGCAAAUCGAAUAACUCCAUUAAGCACUCCACCUUUGCUUAUUUCUACAAAAGCAGACUCGCCUAUAAAUCUCUCACACCAAUCUUCUCUAGCAGUCAAACGUAAUUCACCACCAUAUGCUUGCAGCAUCCAGCCAGAGAGGUUAAUGAAUCCAGCAUCUAAACAUUUGAUAGAUCUUACAAAAAAUAAAGAACUUCAAGGAACUAAACUGAACAUAAAUGAAAGUGCACAAAAUUCUGCAGCUUUCAGUGCCAGCAAGCUGUUGCAGAACUUAGCUCAGUGUGGAAUGCAGACUUCCAUGUCAGGUGAAGAGCAAAGAACCAGCAAACAGCUGCUAACAGUAAAUACAGAUAAACCUGUAGGGUUGAUUGAUAGAUUAAAUAGUCCUUUACUUACAAAUGUAUCAGGUAAAUUUGAAGAGAACAACAAAAUAUUCAAUUGUCAUCCUACACCCACUGAACAAGGACUUCCCAGUUCUGAAAUAGAAAAUCUCCUUGAAAGACGCACUGUCCUUCAGUUGCUCCUAGGAACCCCCAAUAAAGGUAAAAGUGAAAAGAAAGAGAGGAUGCUUUUAAAAGAUGAAAGCUCACAAGAGCAGAUGGAUAAGGCUUUGAGUGAGCAAAUAUUGACUGUGAAAAUAAAAACUGAACCUUGUGAAGAAUCAAAUGCUCCUCAUAAUCCAAAUGCACAGCCAAUAAGAGAGAGUAAGGGUAACAAAUUUCAAGGAAUAGCUCAUUCAGUGCAGAGAAAUACAGGUGCCUCUCCAGCAUCUGAGGACUUGAAACCUGAGCCUCUUUCAUCUGAAGAUUUUUCUUUUUCAAAAAAUGGCUUGUUAAGUCGGUUGCUGAGACAGAAUCAAGAUAGUUAUCUCGUGGAUGAUCUGGACAGAAGUCACAGAAAUAGUGAACUGACACUUCUAGACUCAAAGAGCCUUUGCACCAUUCCUAAGAAGAGGAAAUUUCAUACUGAGCCUUCAGAAAGUCCGUUAAAAAAGGUAAAAAGUAAUGUGUCUGUGUCUGAUGCUUCAAACAAUCGCAUAUCUCCUGCAGAGACAUUGUAUCGGCCUUUGCUUAACCAGCAAGAGCUGAAAUUCAACAGAAGCGAUCUUGAAUUUAAAUAUGCUGCUGGUCAUGGUUCAAAUAAUGAAAGUGAAAAUAGGAGUUUGUCUAGAGAUAGUAAAGGCUUUAAUGUGUUGAAACAACUGCUUCUCUCAGAAAAUUGCGAGAGAGAUUUUUCACAGCAUAGGAAUAAUGCAGUAACAGAGGGCAAGAAGAAAGGAAACAAAAAUAAUGUAGCAAAUAAUAAACCCGAAUUUAGAAUUUCUUCAAUAAAUGCAUUAAUGGGAAAUCCUGUGCAACCAAACAGUUGUGUGGAUCACAGGACAUUUCAGUAUCCAGUAGCAGUGAAGAGUCCUGCUAGUUCCCCCUUCUCUGAACACUUGGGAUGUACAGUAUCUAGACCUGAAUCUGACCAAUUUAAUGUUUGCCCCAUACCCAGUGAAAAAGGCCCCAUCAGAUGGGUUAUCACAGGAAUGGACAAGGGUGAAUAUGAAAAAGACUCCCCAAGACUGACCAAAACCAAUCCAAUAUUGUAUUACAUGUUACAGAAAGGAGGCAAUUCUGUUAGUAGCCAAGAAGCACAUAAGGACAUUUGGAGUGAACCUUCAUUUAUGGAAAAUUCAACUCCUGUUACAAUAAAAGAGGAGUUAUUACCUGGCACAGAACCUAAAAUUCCUUUCCAUAAUUUAAGAAGCCCUUACAAUAGCCAUAUGGGGAAUAAGAGCUCCCAUCAACACAAUAUGAAUGGAGAAGUGUAUGGACUCCUGGAAAAAGUGCUAACAAUCAAAAAAGAACCAGAGUGAAAUAUAUAGCCAACACAAUGAGUUUACAGUCAGUGGGUUUGAAUCUGUGUUUAAUAAUAAUAAUAAUAAAAAAGUAUGAACUGGAAUACUGUAUAAAUUGAGCAUGAUUUGAGAAAAGCAUGGUCUUAUUGAAUCAUAUUUUCAUUUGAGAAACUUUUUGUUUUUCUGGUGAUAUUUAAAAACAUGUAGAUAUGUUUGCUUUACAGUAGAUAGUCACAAGGAAACUGUGAGAGUUGUAAGCUGUACAAGACACAAUUCUGUAUGCAUCAAAGUAAGUUAUGAAUAGUCUGUGACUGAAGUCUUAUUUGGAACCACAGGUAUUUAGGUAUAAAAUAAAGUAAGCAUACAGCUACGGUGGUGGUAAUGCAUUCUGCUGCAUUUCAUACUUUCCACAUACAUAGUAUAUUCCCAUUUUUUUUUGGCAGUUUGAGCAUAGAGACAAUAUAACCUGUGAUAUUUGUUUAAUACAUUUUGUGAAAUUUUAAGAUUUUUUUUAAGAAAUGGAACAGUCCGUCCAGGGUAGUAGAGCAUCACAUUUGGUAGUCUAAGUGUUAAUUAAUCAAAUGUGCUGAAAUGUAAUUUUUAGUGCUUCCAAAUUUUGUUUUUUAUUAUUUAAUUAUUUUUGCGGUUAUCCCCAAAUUAUGGUGUGGUGUCCUUUU